UCUCUUUCUCUCUCUCUCUCUCUCUGUGUGUGUGUGUGUGUGUUUGUGUAUGUUUCUGUCUCCAGCGGCUGCGUCCUUUCCAAAGCCACUUUCCAAGAGUAGGUGCGGCAGCAAAGCCGGGCCGGGCAGAAGGGAAAGGCGUGGUUCCACCCCCUCAGUUGGUUUCUCCGGAGGAUGGGCCGAUUUCACCAAUGUCAGCCUAUUUAUACCCGGGCGCUUUUUUAAAUCCAAGAGCCACAACAUACGGUACCUCCGGCUCGGGAGCCCCUGGGACCAAAGUCAUGCCUUUGCCGGAGCCGAGAAGCGCGUGGAGACGCGGCGGCGGCGGCUGCUGCUGCGGCAGGUGCGGGCGCGGGCGCGGUGUUAAGAAGCGCGAGGUUCAAGCGCUCCGCUGCCUUUGCGCGCUCAGCUGCCUGGGGAUGCUGGUCCUGGCUCUGCCGGUCCUGUACUUGAUGCGAGCCAAGCUGGCGGAGAAAGCAGCGAUCGAGGAGGAGAUCUUGAUGGAAAAGCUGUCUGCCCCCCAAAAACAGUAUGGGAGUCCACCUUGCAACAACUGCGAUUCUAAAAUACGGCCGAGCAUUCAUGCAAGAGUCGAUUCCGGGAGCAAAUGUAUAAAUGAGACUCAGGAGGGUUCAACUCUCGUCUGGGAUAUUGACUUCCAAGAUGGCCAGUUCCAGCUGGAUGACAACAGUACUUAUUUCAUCAUCCCCCAAGAUGGGAACUAUUUCGUUUACUCCCAAGUGACGUUUUCCUGCUUUAAGUGCAAUUGUGAAGAGAAAAUUUGCUGCGGGAAGAAAACGAAAGGGACAAGGAAGGUCUGGCAGACGAUUAUACAUAAAACAUCAGCCUAUCCCAAACCCAGCGAGUUGUUCACAUCCAUCAGCCCCAUCAACGAGAGCAAAUCGCUGAAAAGCCUUUAUCUGGCAGGAAUCAUCCCGUUAAAGAAAGACGAGAGGCUUAUGGUUAAUGUUUCCAACCCCGGAUUGGUACAGCCAGAUGUUCGGUACACUUUUUUUGGUGCAUAUCUCAUUAGCUAAAGAUAAGGAUUCCAACAGCUGCCUAGCAUUAGUGUCCAGGGUGGGAUUGUGGUGGCGUUGCUGGGUUUUUGCUAAGCUAGGUGCUGUUGGAAAAAGAAAGAAAGAAAGAAAGAAAGAAAGAAAGAAAGAAAGAAAGAAAGAAAGAAA